AUAUUGCAUUCCCAUGUUACUGAUUCUUAUAAAUAAAUACAAAAAGAUUCAUUCAUUAUGUUGGAUUUUAGAGUAAAGAAGCUCUAUUGCAUCACUAACAAUGUUGUUAAAGGUUGAUAAACUAGUUCUCAUUCUAAUGUUUUUAGGCCACUCCCGUCCAUGCUCUCUAACACAUCUCUCAUUACGGUUGUUGGAGAGUAGAUGAGACCAUUCAAUGCACAGCCAAAGGCAACGUUAUUCUCACCGCCACCAUCCUUCUCUACUUCUUUCCUGCUUAAUUAGUCACCAGACAUCGCUGUUUCUGUCUUCUGCUAACCGUUCACCGUACUGCCCAAGCUCAUGUUCUGGGUGGUGACCAGACUCGAGCUCGCCGGAGUCUAAAUAUGAUUCCUUUCUCUCUUCUCUGCUUGUUGUUGUUGUUCUUCUUCUUCUUCUUCUUGUGUCCGGUGUUGUCGGCGACGGAGGCUGAGAAGCAAGCGCUUCUGGACUUCAGGUCCUCGAUCACCGACGACCCAUUUGGCGCACUUGCUUCUUGGGUCGCCUCAGCUGAUCCCUGCGUCUUCUCGGGCGUACUCUGUAACACUGCUGGGUCCGUUGAGAGAGUGAUCCUCCACGAGAAAAACCUCACCGGAAACCUCCCCACUGCUGCGGACUCUCUCUCCCGGCUUCCUUUCCUUAAUACGCUCUCGCUGCCAGGAAACCGUUUUUCUGGCUUCAUCCCUUCAUCUCUCGCCGGAAUCGUAGGCCUUCGCAAGGUUAAUCUCAGCCGCAAUGUCCUCUCCGGUCAAGUCCCUGCCUUUCUUGGCGAUCUCCCCAACCUCCGCCUCCUCGACCUCUCGAGUAACUCCUUUUCCGGUGAGAUACCAAGUGCUAUCUUCAAGAACUGUUUCCGGACCCGAUAUUUUUCGUUUGCCAGGAAUCUCCUCUCUGGGCUGGUUCCGGCCUCCAUUUCUAACUGCUUGCGGCUUGAAGGUUUCGACUUGGCGUUCAAUAAUCUCUCCGGUGGGUUCCCUCCGGCGGCCUGUGCGCCGCCGGGUAUCACGGUUAUCUUGCUCAGUGGCAACUCGUUGUCGGGGACCGUCGCGGAUAAGAUCGUUGGAUGCCAGAGCUUGGAAAGAUUGGAUCUUUCUCUUAAUUCCUUCUCCGGCAACGGUCCUUUUGAACUCCUCGGCCUUAAAAAUCUCAGCUUUUUCAACAUUUCAUUCAAUGAGUUCCAGGGUGAGAUCCCGGAGGUCGGAGUUUGUGCGGAGAGAUUGGAGAGGGUGGACGCCUCUGGGAACCAAUUCACCGGUGGAAUCCCUAGAAGCAUUGCGAAUUGCAGAGCAUUGAGGAUCUUGAAUCUAGGGCAGAAUCGCUUGAACGAAAGCAUUCCAGCGACGAUUGGAGGGAUCGAGUGGCUCCAGAUGCUGGACCUUCAUGAUCUCCGGCUUACCGGCGAGAUUCCGGCGACUCUCGGCCAAUGCCGAUUCCUUCUCAAGAUGAAUUUAUCAGGCAAUAAAUUGGAAGGGAGCAUCCCAGAUGUGUUCUUCAACAUUACAGCCCUUGAGGUUCUUGAUCUUCAUCGGAACAAGCUCAAUGGGAGCAUUCCGGUGAGCAUCGGAGCAUUGAAAGGACUUGAGUUCCUUGAUCUCUCUGAGAAUUCAAUUGGUGGAGAGAUCCCUUCCUCUCUGUUGGACAUAACAAUGCUGUCACACUUCAAUGUCUCCUACAACAAUCUCAUUGGUACCAUCCCUUCAACAUUGGUGAAAUUUGGUGUCGAUGCAUUCUCGCAUGACCCUGGUCUCUGUGGUCCUCCAUUGAAUAACAAUUGCCAGAGCAAUGCCGGAUCGAAAAGAACCAGAUUCUUGAGUAAUACAGCUAUAGUUGCUAUUGUUGCUGCUGCUCUGAUUCUUGCUGGUGUUUGUGUAAUAACUGUGAUGAAUAUCAUAGCUCAGAGGAGGAGAAGGAGUGGCCGGAGAGAAGAAGAGAUACUGGUCUCAGAAGCACUACUCCCUCCUGCUUCCAAUGGUUCCAAUGUGAUAAUUGGCAAGCUUGUCCUGUUCAGCAAGAGCCUCCCUACGAGGUAUGAGGACUGGGAGGCAGGCACCAAGGCUUUGUUAGAUAAAGAUUGUAUCAUUGGUGGUGGCUCCAUUGGAACUGUCUACAAAGCUAGUGUCGAAGGCGGAAUUUCAAUAGCUGUGAAGAAGCUCGAGACACUCGGAACAAUCAGAAACCAAGAAGAAUUCGAGCAUGAGAUCGGUAGGUUAGGAGGACUUAGCCACCCAAAUCUUGUGCAAGUCCAAGGUUACUACUGGUCAUCAACAAUGCAGCUAAUUCUAUCUGAUUACAUCCCCAAUGGCAAUCUGUAUCAGCAUUUACAUGGGAUUAGAGGCUCAGGUAGCAGCAGUGGGGGUGUUAGGGGAGACUUGUUCUGGUCUAGAAGAUUCAGUAUUGCUCUUGGGACAGCCAGAGCUCUUGCUUAUCUUCACCAUGAUUGUCAACCGCCAAUUCUGCACCUCAACAUCAAAUCCACCAACAUAUUGUUAGAUGAGAAGUAUGAAGCUAAGUUGUCUGACUAUGGUUUAGGGAAAUUGCUUCCAAUUCUGGGGAGGAACUAUGCUUUGUCUAAGUUCCAUUCUGCAGUGGGCUAUGUAGCUCCUGAAUUGGCUUCACAGAGCAUGAGUUAUAGUGAUAAGUGUGAUGUGUAUAGCUUUGGGGUAGUUUUAUUAGAGAUUGUGACAGGGAGGAAGCCGGUCGACAGCCCCGGGGCGGCGGAGGUGGUGGUUCUGCAUGAUUUUGUGAGGAGAGUGCUGGAGGAUGGCUCGGCAUCGGAUUGCUUUGACCGGAGCUUGACCGGAGGUUUUCAGGAAGCUGAAUUGGUACAGGUUCUCAAGUUGGGAUUGAUUUGCACUGCAGAUGCUCCAUCAAGGAGGCCAAGCAUGGCAGAAGUGGUUCAGUUUUUAGAGUCAAUCAAGAAUAAUUCAUAGCAUCUGUGGGUUGGUUAGAGGUUUUGAUUGAUAGGAUUCUUUGUUCCAUUUUUUUUCAUUAAUUAUUGGGAUUUGUUUCAUGUCAAAAAUUUAGAUUAUUUCUUUU